GUGACCGUUAUUUGUUAAUAUGCGUCGGGAGUUAUGAAUAUGAGAAACGGAGUCGUUACCUUUUCAUUGAAAUAUGAGCGUCAGCUUCAGCCAUUGACAAAAAAAACUCUGUACGAUCAUCAAGAAAAAACUCCACAAAAUAACAUCCCUCGGGGCUUUUAGCUUAAAAGCAUGCACAUUUGGAGAAAUAUUGAUGCACUGUCAUACGUUUAUGUCAAUUUUCUAUACAGAGGAGUCAUAUUUAUUCAAUUUUUACCCAAAACGCGCUGUUUUCAUCAUAUGAGCGCUGUAUACACUGACUACUGUGUGUUCAAACCAUACCAGCAGCCGGAGGGCGCUCUGUGCACCUUUAGUCCACAAAUAACACAGCAUGAACAAGAGGCAAUCAUGUGACAUACACGGACCUAAGAGAGGCUACCAGACAUCGCUAUAAUCAUUGAUAUAAACAUACAGAACGUCACUUUUGAAAGUAAUAAAUACACGAUUGUGACGAUAUGUGGUUUAUCUGUGUUCUUCACGCCAUGUCAGGUAUUCAUAAUAGUAGAUUAUAUUUAUAAUGCAAUGCUAAUCGAGAUAGCUUUUGGGCCAUUCCACCGAAUGGGUAACAUUUAAGUCCCCAGGACAUUAUAUGUAUAAAAAUGCAUGAACAUUAACUCUAAAAUACAUUUUAUUAUUAAGCAAAGUGUCCUGCACAUUAUGCUAACUGCAAAUUUAAAAUAUAUAAUUAAAAACAUUUAUAAAAACUACUUAGAACACUAAAAAUUAGCAUUUGUUGCAUGUCCCCACACUCUAUCUCUGUACUUUACCAUGAAAUAUAAUGAUUAAAAUCCUUCAGAAAUAUUAUUUUGUUUGCAUUGUUGUAUGACGUUUUAUCCAAUUUAUGAUAUAAAAUGUUUUUUUGCAUGAGAAAUUCAUAAUAUUUUAGAUAUAAUACACAUUUUAGUUGUGUCCCCCGGUUUUCACUCAGUCCUGUUACCCUAACACAUUUCCCCCCCUGAAAAACUUGGAAUAUUCCAUAAGGCACAUUUUCAACAGGAAGUUGCAUCAUCUGAAUCUUCUGAAGGCAAUGGGAAGACCAAAAGCAACAUGAUCAAGGGCAGAGAAGAAUCCGGAAAACACGAAAGAAGCUUCAUAAACAAAUUCAAGAACUAAAGGUUCUGUUGAAAAAAGAAACCAAAAAAACACAAAAGUACAAGAAAAAACUCCAACGCAUUAAAAAGAAAAAUGCAUCUCCACGCACAAAGGUAAACAAAAAAUUGAAAGAUGUUUCAAGUGUGGCCAUUCGGAAGACUCUUUUGUUUCAUGAAGCUCUGGUGGAGGACAUACGAAACAAUUACAAAAAUGCACAGGGGGAGAGGGAAAAGCAAAUCGUUUCAAAAGUGAUAACAGGAAAAGUUCUGAAAAAGUACAGAAUGCAACGCUUAGCUCAAAAUUCAUUUGGCUUUUCAAACAAAAGAAACAAUGAGAAGAAUACGGUUAAUUACACCUACCAGCGGAAGCGGAACAACAGGAUUGCGGAUGUUCUGAUAAGUAGAGUGAGGGCUUUUUACUCAAGGGAUGAUGUGAGUCGCAUCACAACUGGGAAGAGGCAGACCCUCACUCAGAAGAAAAACAAAAAGCAAAAACGAUUCCUUUUGGAUACCAUGAAAAAUUUACACAGGAAGUUUUUGGCUGAAGAACAAAGCUCCAUCUCUUACUCACUCUUCUGUAAGCUCAGACCUUUUUGGGUUGUUCAUCCGACUCUGAGUGAUCGGGACACAUGCAUGUGCAAGAUGCAUGAGAAUCUGGGUUUUCUUGUCCAGAAGUUACACUACUUGAAAGUAAUCAGCACCAACAAUCUGGAUAACCUUGUGAAAGAGAUCUCAUGUGAGACAGAAAAUGUGAAGUGCAUGUAUGGAGAAUGUUCUGCGUGCAAGGACCUCUCUUGCCCAGUCUCUACAGAGUACAAUCCAGAGAAUAAAGUGUCUUAUAUCCAGUGGGUAAUUGUGGAAAAGCAGCACAAGAAUGAUCCCAAUGGCAAAACAUCUAAAAUCACAAUCAAAAAAGAAUUCCAUACCACUCAAGAAGAAAUGCUGGAACAGCUAAACCUGCUGCUGCACAGGUUCAAGAGACACACUUUUAACAUUAACAAUCAGUUUACCCACUACAGGGCAUUGAGACAAAGCUUAAAAGCACAUGAAUGCUUAAUUCAUGUUGACUUUUCUGAAAAUUACCUCUGCAAGUACAGCAAAGAAAUACAGGCCGUCCACUUCGGAGCAUCACAUCAGCAGGCAACACUGCACACAGGUGUGCUUUAUGUGCAUGCAGCCCCUCACCCGAUGUCCUUCUGCACAGUGUCACCCUCAAGAAUAAAGGGCCCGCCAGCAAUCUGGCAGCACCUGUCCCCUGUGCUAGACUAUGUGCAGAGUGUAUAUCCGGAGGUGUCCACUAUCCAUUUUUACAGCGAUGGCCCUUGCACUCAAUACAAACAAAGGGGUAAUUUGCUCUUGUUUUGUACUGAGCUCUUCAGGCAAGGAUUCACUGCUGGUACUUGGAACUUUUUCGAGGCGAGCCAUGGGAAGGGUGCCCCAGAUGGUGUGGGAGGGGCCCUGAAGAGGAGAGCGGAUAGUCUGGUGAGCCAAGGAAGGGACAUUACUGAUGCUGCAGAGCUGUUUGAGGUGUUGCAAGAGACAAACACAAAAAUCAAGCUGUUUUUUGUCAGCGAGGAAGCAGUUGAUAAAGCAGUUUUGGAGAUGCCCAAUGAUGUGCCACCAAUUCCGUCCAUUAUGAGGAUCCAUCAGGUUGUGUCUCUAGCCCAUGGAGUACUGAUAUACAGGGACGUCAGCUGCUUGUGCACAACAACACAAAAUCUGAACUGUGGGUGCUUUAAUACAAAGCAUUUCAAGUUCAGCAACCAGCAGACGGCUCCCAUGGCUCCCACAGUGACAGAAGAUCAGUGGCAAAGUCUUGAAGUUGUUGGUAAAUGGUGUGUGCUGAAGUACGAUGGUGAUCUAUACCCUGGAGUCAUCACAGAUAUAAGUGAAACGCAAGUUGAGGUCCGCUGUAUGCAAAAGAUUGGGGUCAACAGGUUUUUCUGGCCAGCCCGUGAAGACAUUCUUUGGUACUUGUUUGAGGACAUUGUGUGUAUCAUCCCACCCCCGAGGCCAGUCACAGGUCGUCACAUGGAAAUUGAGAGAGAAGUCUGGGCCAAACUAGAAUCAGCUUUUUAGAAAGGGUCAGACAAGUUUGUUUUCAUGAAUUCAGUGCCAUUCUAGCUAAAACACUGUUCGGUGUAUUUUCUGCAACUGAACAUUUUUUGUUUUGAACGUGAAGAUGGAGAGAACCCAAGAGCCAGGAACACCCACCAUGGCACAUACACCCGCCACACUUCAUCUCCAUUCUCUCAGUCUCUCCUUCUUUGUCUCCUUCUUUAUCUUUCCAUCGUUUUUGCUGACAAACUACAAGCAUGUUCCUUUACGUUCCUUCACAUCUCUCUCACACACAAGCUAUGCACACUCACAGACACACACACACACACACACACACACUCACUCACUCACUCUCUUUCUCUCUCUCACACACACACACACACAGAGAGAGAGAGUACAGAUACUCAGUCCUGUUACUCAGCGUUCAUUCCUGUUACGCAAUGUUCAGUCCUGUUAUUAAAUUGUUUUUCUCUAAAAAAUAAAGAUAAACCACUGUUUUUCUCAAUUGUGUUAUGUCCAUCAUUUAACCAAUAGUUUAAUUAAUGACAUGAUAAAAAAUAAAUUAAACUUGAGGUUUAGGUCUCCUUUGAAAUUAAA